UCGCGGGGCUUCAAACGUCACCACUUAUGUCAUCAACGCACUCCCCAUUCAUGAACCACUCAUCUAGAUUACUCGGCACACGCUUCAGGGAUUCGAACCGUGGAGCACAUCACUAGUUAUUAGACAGUUUAGUGUUAGAAAAUGAAGGCUGAUUUGCCGUUUAUGUUGACUUUAAUCGUACACUUUAGUUCUCUGUCUUCGUCACGUCCUUACACUCUGGCGCAGUGCUGUUCGUCUCUCAACUCUGCCGUUCAGUGUGGGAUGUUGAAACAGUGUCUCCACACUAACUUGACCAACUUUCAUCAGGCAGGGGAGCCUGUCCACUUGGAUGUCUACUACGAGAGUCUGUGUCCCGACUGCAUUCUGUAUCUGACACAGGUUCUGUACCCAACAUGGGUGCUGCUGCAGGACAUUCUGUGUGUCCGUCUGGUUCCCUUCGGCAAUGCGCAGGAGAUACCCAGUGAGCGCAAGUAUAUAUUUAAGUGCCAACAUGGAGAACAGGAGUGCCUUGGCAACAUGAUUCAGACGUGUUUGUUGAACAUGACUGACAAUGCCUUCCUCAUCAUCUUCUGUAUGGAGGCCUCCACUGAUGUCAUCGCAGCUGCCAAGAGUUGUGUUCAUCUGUACUGUCCCAAACUGAGCUGGGAGCGCCUCAUGAGCUGCGUGGAUGGAGAUGUUGGAAACCAGCUGAUGCAUCAGAACGCGUUGAGGACUAACUCUCUGGAUCCUCCGCACCAGUUUGUACCCUGGUUGACCAUUAAUUGGGGUGAGACAGAUGACCUGCAGAAGAAGGCUACAACUUCUCUCUUUCCGCUUAUCUGCAGCAUGUACAAGGGCAUCAAGCCUGUGGUCUGUGGAAAUGUUGGCCUUAAACACAGAAGAUCUAAUGGCGCUUUACAAUUAGUGGGUUGAUUCUGACUGCUUCAGGUGUGGCUACUUCGGCGAUAAAAGGCCAUGCUAAAAUGUAUUGUUUUUACUCAGAGUAUUGCAAACUGAUUGAGCUUUUACACAAUAUCCAGCUUUGGUUACAUGUGCUGUUUGCGUGAUUGGUCACUUCAAAUUUAUAAGAGAAGCUCUUUCAUACUUUUAUCUCCAAUAGACUUAAUUCUUGUCAUGGUCUUCUGAUUGGACUCCCUCAAAAGAGCAUCAAACAGCUGCAGCUUGCAUUCUCCCAGAACAAAGAGAUCAGAAUGUGUUACCCUGGUUCUAAAGGCUUUACACUGGCUGC